GUUGUGAACAACCACUCAUGUCAAGUACUUACUUUUCCUGUCUUUUGUUCGCGGCUCAACAUAGAUACCGUGCGCAAAGCGUACAUCCUCUUCUCGGUUUGCCGGCAAAGAAGUGGUGUUUUUCCGACGCACUGCUUUUGGCCCUGAUUUUUUGCCAUCUUCUGGCUCCUGUGGUUGUAGUAGUCAUCUUUGACCAACAAACUAUCUUGCUAUUCAAGGCUUGUGACAUGCCCGCGCGUCUGUAAAGCAACUGUCCGUAGUAGUUUCGUUGGUGGCGUAAAGUGUUUUUGCGUCGCUGGAGAUCUUCCGAAUUGACACGACAGACGCAGCACAGAAAGCCUCUUGCUGUAAUAAGUUUAGUUCUCCACCCUGUGCAGUAUACCUGUUCGCUCGCGUAGUUUAUUUUCGGAAGGGAAACAAUGUCGACCGCGGUGGCCGUGGCGGCGGCCGUAUGCUACGAUGAGAGUUGGGCCUGCGCUCUUUCGAGCGUCAACCCUUACUUCUAUGCUUACAUGGGGGUGGCGCUGUCGCUCGGGCUUUCAGUUCUCGGCGCAGCAUGGGGUAUGCUAAUUUGCAAAUUUUUUCUAUACUUGCAGUUCUAGUAUUACGGGACCCCGAAGACCUAUGUGGUAGCAGCGCGGCACCGCAGCCGUAGCAAGACCUGCACAUAGCGAAUCAGGUAUCUUCAUUGGUCACAUCAGGUAUUUUCAUCACGGGGAGCUCAUUGGUCGCAGCGGGCGUUAAGGCACCACGAAUCGCCACAAAAAAUAUAGUAUCGAUCAUUUUCUGCGAGGCAGUGGCUAUCUAUGGAGUCAUCAUGGCGAUCCUGAUGCAGAACAAAAUCUCCGCCGCCACGCAAUUCGAAGUAUAAACUUUAUUGACAGCUGCAGUUUUGGUUUUUCGCAACGUAAGUAUUAUGCGUCUUACGACGGUCUGCUACACAUGCGAAAUAAAUGCCGCGAGAUAUAAAUUUGAAUUCUCACUCACAUUCUAGGUCCCAGCGGUACCAACGGGCAACAUUGCAACGAUUAUGGCAGCGGGGUACUGCAUGCUUGCGGUGGGCUUCUCCGUCGGGUUCUCGAAUCUUUUCUGCGGUACAAAUUUCACAUGUGAUUUGGUAAACAGCUUUGGGUGUAAAAAUGUCGUAGCCGCUUCUCCUGCAUAGGAUAUUGCACGGCACGGAAUACUCGAAUUCCUUUCUGCACCACGACAGCAAAAUUUUCUGCAAAACAAGGUAUCUGUGUCGGAAUUUCCGGAAGUGGCUGUGCGCUGGGAGACGCCCAAAAGCCCGACCUCUUUGUCAAAAUGCUCAUCAUCGAAAUCUUUGGAAGCGCUUUAGGUAUAUUGCCGGUGUUUCACCAAAAAGCGGAGUAUGUCUUAUACCACUGGUCGUCUUUAUUGAUGUAAUUAUGAUUUCCGUACAACUUUUCCUUUUGCAGUCAUGCGUAAGAUCUUUUCGCCAGGCACAUUCGUGGGAUCUUUCAGCAGAAGAGCCUUCCUACGUAUUCUCGCAAUUUCCUCCAGGUCUCUUCGGGGUCAUUGUUGGGAUCAUUCAAGUAAACGGGGCCCAAU